AUGGUUGUGUCCAUUGAGACGAGUCCUCAAACCAUAGCACCUAAUGAUCGCAACAACACAACCACUUCUUCGCCCAAAAGAAGUGUCAAUUCUGUUCGCUCUGAACCCAAACACAUCAGUCGUCGCAACCAUUUUGUCCAAUCAAAUGGUGACCAAACGACCGAUGAGAAUAAGGCUACCAGUCCUCAGCACCGGGUUAUUCUUGAGGCGCCGUUCGUUCGCAUGAAAGAGAUUCACAUAAGCCCUCCGCGGCAUCCCGUCCGAGAAGACUCGAAAAAGUUUAGGAUCGCGGAGUCCAAGAAAGAGGAGGGAAACAAACUCUACAAACAGAAGAAAUACAACGAAGCCUUCAAACAAUAUUCGGCGGCAAUCGAUUUAUGUCCAAACAUCGCCUCCUAUUACGGCAAUCGGUCGGCCUGUCUGAUGAUGAUCUACAAGUAUAAGGAGGCGCUCGCCGACAUCCAAAAGGCCACCAAAUUGGACACGACUUUCAUGAAAGGAUACCUAAGGGAAGCGAAAUGCCAUUUACUGUUUGGUGACAUCGCUUCUGCCGCCCGUUGUCUCGAAACCGUCAAAUCCAUUGAACCAAACAAUACUACGUUAGCUACGGAAAAGAAGAACUUAGACCUGUUGGACAAGUAUGUGAAUGAGUCGAAGAGGAAUUUCGAUAAAAGCGAUUACCGGUCGACGCUCUUCAACAUCAAGAAAGCGCUGGAGAUCGCCACCCAAUGCACAGCCUUUAAGUUAAUCAAAGCCGAGUGUUUAGUAUUACUGUCGAAACACAGCGAAGGGCAGGAAAUAGUGAACGAUAUCCUAAGAUUUGAUUCGCGCAAUGCGGACGCCAUUUACGUCAGAGGAAUGGCUCUGUACUACACGGAUAACGUGGACAAAGCCUUCCAGCACUUCCAGCAGGUGUUGGUCUUAAAUCCAGACCACGAACGCGCGAAACAGGUCUAUAAGAAAGCGAAACAACUGUUGGCUCAGAAACAGGAGGGAAAUAAUGCCAUCAAAGAGAAUAAGAUCGACGACGCGCUCAGAAUAUAUACCAGCGCUCUCACGACUGACCCCUUAAAUGGCUUAACAAAUGCCAAGAUUUACUUCAACCGAUCCAUCGCUUACGCAAAGCUCAAAAAACUUCCGGAAGCCAUCGAUGACUGUUCCCAAGCCAUCCGGUUAGACGACAAUUACAUCAAAGCCUACUUAAGAAGAGCUAAAUUAUAUAUGGAUUCCGAACAAUACGAAGAAGCGGUUCGUGACUACGAGACUGUCCUGAAGAGGGAGAAAAAUAGAGAACACAAACAACUUCUAGAAAACGCGAAACUAGAGCUCAAAAAGUCUAAACGAAAAGAUUACUAUAAAAUUCUGGGCGUCUCUAAGACGGCCACCGAUGACGACCUAAAGAAGGCCUACAAAGUGGCUGCACUGAGACACCAUCCGGACAGACACACCAACGCUUCCGAAGCCGAGAAGAAGGAACAGGAGAAGAAGUUCAAAGAGGUGGGUGAGGCAUACGCUGUGCUGACCGACCCUAAGAAGAGGUCCCGCUAUGAUAACGGUAUGGAUCUGGACGGCAACGGAAUGGACGGCGGCUUUGAUAUCGACCCCAACAAUCUGUUCCAAGCGUUUUGGAGUUCGGGAGCACCGGGCGGUGGUUUCAGUUCGAGUCAGGGCCCGUUCCACUACACCUUUUCCCAGGGAGGCAACCACUCGGGACAACACGGCUUCUCAUUCAACAACUUUCCCUUUUAAUGAACACUUUAUUUGGAAAAAUAAAUUUAUAAUAAAAUUCAUAAAAUUUAAUUUUACGUUAAA